UUGAUAGCAUUAAGUAUCGCCAAUGAAACUUAUAAGACUGAUCCCCCAACUAGGCUUUUAAAGUUGGAUGUAUUCCUCCAUGUCCUUACCUUCAAUAUUAUCAACCUUGCUCAUGAGUCAGAUCUGCCCGGAAAUACUAAGCUGAUUAUCAUAGAAUUCACCAACUGUUUGUUCCAACUAUGCUGUGAUUUGUAUGACAAGCAAGCGUAAGCACACCUCGAGUUCUGUACGCUGUUCCUUGCCGUUUAUAUUUCCGUAUUCGGAACAUGUACACAUAUGCAAUGAACGGAUCGUGACUAGUUUUUGUUAUGAGACUGGUGAAAUUCAAUACUGCCGGUAUGUAAUCCCGUCUUUGGCUAUUGGUCCUUUGGCUAUUGGUAAAACGGUCAGUCAGGUGAUGGCAAGGAAUAAGCACAUGUAGUCUUUUCAGGUUAAUAAUAGAAU